AUGGGGGGAGUUGAACCCAUACCAGCUACUAUCGGAGAAUCGUUCUCUCCACCCCCUGUUCAACAACUUCGGCAGGAGUUACCCAGUAAGAGCGCUAAAAAUAGCGAUAGAGACCAACUAGCUGGGCUUUUUGAUCCGUUUGUGGACGACGACGAUGGACUUCCUGUCGGCGCUUCAGUAGAUGAACAAACCAGGCUCAGGCCCCACGAGCAUGCAGCAAGUAAGAAACGAUCACGGGAUCAACCAAGGGAGUUUGGGGUCUUACCACACGGUGCCAUGACAAACCAGCGCCAUCGAACUGCGCUAAACCACGAUGCGCUCAUUGUCGAGAAGCUGAGUGGGGAUCCCCAGCUGCUGGAUCGUUUUCUACAAGUACGAGAGGCUUCAGGAAAACACAGCGAUAUUGCCAGAGAAGUUGAGCUCGCCGAAAGAAUUGUCGAGUUCACUGAAGAGACACUAAUGCGGGUGAAGUGGAGCGAAGCAGAGGUGGCGUCACUAGUGUACUGGAUUAAUGACCUACUAGAAGAAUUUCGUGGUGCAGCUGAGAAUGGGGACGGCUUCAGACAAGUACGCACGCGCUGCUCAACCGACGAUCGUUUGCUCAAGGACUUAAUGUUUGUGAAAGUGCACCGGCAAGUGGACACUCUCCGUGCUGAGACGGUGGCUGAAGAUACGCGGUGCCAAGAGCAAAGGCCCGCGGCUGCAUCACGACAACAACCGUCGUUGGCUGAGAAGAAACGAUUAGGGCGCAUUCCAAGAGAUGUCCUGAGACGGCUACCUGUUCAGGUGGACCCGGCCACAGGCGAAACCACUGCGUUAUGUAUGCGGCUGAGAUAAACAAGCGUUUCGGUGGCCUUAAGAACGAGCAUAAGCGGCUCUGAAGGCUAGCGAAGGGAUCGGCUGUAGCUUCUCAAAUUUGUCGUUCAACACCACAAUCUCUUCUCGAAUUGCUUCAACCAAUUUUGAGC